UGACAAUUUCCAUGUAGACUUCCAUUGAUCUCCAUAUUUUAAGCUUUCGAGUAAUAUCGGUUGUCUGCCUUAGCUUGGAAAGGGGCGUUGUUUUUGUUUGUGAAUUUCCAGUCUAGAUUCAUAUGGCCCAAAAUACCUUGCAAAUUAUUUUUUCCUAAUUCGAAGUGCAUAUUUUGAAAAACUUAUAAGCUAAUUAUCUCGUUCUGAAUCAAGUUAACGGAUGAUGAAGGGUAUAUAAAUAUCGCAUAUAAAGCGCGAAAUUUGCAUUUUGAAUUUGAUAUAUGUAUAUGAGGAUACAAUAGUUGAUAGCCAGAAUGGAAGAAACGAAUGAGAAAGAAAUGCUUAUGGAAAGCAGCUUAAUAAAAUCUGAAGAUGAUGAUGAUUAUGAUGAUGAAUGUGAAGCUGAUGAAGAAGUAUGUGAAUUACAAACUGUAGAGUUGAAGAAUGUUUUGAUGGAAAACGAGGUUUCAAAUGCUGUUGUUAUUGGAGCUUAUAAUGAAGAUAAUUCAGAUGAGAAUCUGAUAAUUGAAAAUGACCAUCAAAUAGUUGGAACUUAUAUUGUAAGGCAUGACUAUAGUUCUGUUGAGAAUUCUAAUGAUAACGUUCAGGAGUAUUUCAUUGAAUCGGAGGAAUCUAUGAAUCCUAACGAUGAUGACACUAUAGUUGAAAAAUAUAUGGAGGAGUUGGGCACUAGCGAUUCCCAGGAUACGGAAUACGAAGAGAAAAGUUUUAUUGUUAGUGAAAAUGCUAGCAAUGUUGUACCAGAAAAACAAUCAUCAUCUCAGUCAAGUGAUUUUCAAUGUAAUAAAUGUAAUAGAUCGUUCAAAACUGCAGUUGGACUUAAGAGACAUAAAGUUAUAAGUCACCCUAAUGAGGAUGUUUUUGAAGAUGAUCCUCUUACUCUUCAGAUUUGCGCAUGCUGUGGGGACCCUCUUGAUUCAAAUACACAUACUGUUGGAGAUUAUCAGUGUACUAUAUGCUCAAAAUUUUUCACACAAAAGAGCAUUAUGGAUCGCCAUACCAGCUUGGAGCAUCCGAAAGGGGAGAAUUAUAAGUGUUCGGAAUGCAAAUUUUCAUGCACGAGGAAAGAAGAUUUCAAGAAUCAUUUGCAAAGCCAUAGCUUCAAAUUGGUUAAGUGUGUCUGCAACAAAGAAUUCACUAGGAAGUAUCAUUUAGAUCGGCAUUUGCAGAUAUCUGGUUGUGCGGGUAAUAAAGCAGAACCAAUGUUCGAAUGUGAGGUUUGUUCUAAGAAAUUCUACAGAAGGGAUAAUUACAAAGUGCAUAUGAAAAUCCACGAUACAGGUGUUAAGAAAGAAAAAACAUUGCGAUAUUGUCAGUUUUGUAACAAAGAAUUUUCCUCAGUAGGAUUACUGAACGUUCAUGUUCGAACCCAUACCGGGGAAAAACCUUACGGAUGCGAUCAAUGUGAGAAAAAGUUUCCUUCAGCCGGAGCCUUGAAAAAACAUUCGCGUGUCCAUACCGGAGAGAAACCUUAUGAGUGUAAAUUUUGUCCCAAUCGUUUCGCGGCAAAGGAGACACUAAAUAGGCACGUUCGGACUCAUACAGGGGAAAAGCCGCAUUCCUGCAAGUUCUGCGGGAAAAGUUUCAUACAGGCAGCUCAACUGCGAGCUCAUAUCUUUCAUCACACUGGAGAGAAUGCCUAUGUCUGCCAAUAUUGCAACAGAGGUUUUAACAGGAAAUUGCGGCUCACAACUCAUAUCAAAUAUAUGCACGAAGGGGCUGAACCACUUCGUUGCAAAGAUUGUGAUAAGACUUUCUUCAGAAAGGAAGAUCUCUCUAGGCACAGUAUUCAACAUACUGGGGAGAGACCUUUCUCAUGCGACGUAUGCGGCAAAUCUUUCUCGGUUAAAAGUUCACUGAAGCUCCAUAAAUUGACUCACAACAAAGAGGUCCCAUGUACUUGUGAAUACUGCGGAAGGGCCUUCAUAAGGCAAGAUUGCUUGAUGAGGCACAUGAGAGCUAGACAUAGAGAAUUUCUGGAAGACAUAAUGAUAUCGGCCGAGAAGAAGAGGCUCCAACAGCAACUUUUGGGUGCUAUUUCCGAAGCAGCCGAGACCGAUCAGAGAAGUAUUGUCGACAGCACUGUUUGGAACGAGUUCACACUGACAGAGUCUAUAAAAGAAUUGUUAACAGUGUUGGUGGACGACGAAUGUUUGAAAGAACUUGGUUACCCCGACACACCUGUUGACAAGGUUCUUGGCGCAGUGAUAAGAAGAUGUGGCCAUGAGCCAGUCUCCGAUGAAGAUUUCGAUUAUAUAGGAAGAUUGAGGGAAAAUGCGAAAUUGUUGUUUACCGCUGUUAUAGAUGAUGAAGCUGUGAAAGCGUUGUUGAAUAAUCAAACUGUCGAUGAAGUUAUAUUGCAUGUUUUACGUUUAGCUAACAAUAAGACUUAGUAUUAGGGUUUUAAAAUGUUUUUCAUCAUAUUAUUUUAUUUAUAAAUUCAAAUUGAUUUUUUCAAUUGGGUUGAACUUGUUUUAAUUAAUCAACAUAGGUGUUUACUGAAGGAACUAACCGUUUCUAAGGGUUUCGAGAACUACACAAUAAAACGAUGAUAACAA